AUGUUCAAUACCCAAGACAUUAGUGCCUUUUGUUUAUCAAAUUUGACAACACCAUUUUUGAUUGUCCUAGCAUGGAUCUUUUUGGAUUUCAUUGGUAUCCUUUCCCCCGAGAAAAUUAAGAAUCUUCCAAGUGUUCCAGGAUUCCCUAUAGUGGGUAAUCUUUAUCAAGUUUUAUCAAAUCCUGCGAAAACUUAUAUGAAAUGGGCUAGAAAAUAUGGUGAUGUUUUUCAAAUGAGGUUUGGAACAAGAAUCGUUGUCGUUGCUAAUUCUUUUGAUUCAGUUAAAGAGUUAUGGAUAAAAAAUAGAAAUGCAAACAACUCUAGACCCAUAUUAUACACUUUCCAUUCAGUUGUUUCAAGUACUCAAGGUUUUACUAUAGGUACGACUCCAUAUGGUGAUUCUUACAAGAGGAAGAAAAAAAUCGUUGCCACUACUCUUAAUAAGAAAAAUGUUGAAAAGUUGAGUGGAUUGAUGGAUCAAGAGUGUACGAAUAUGUUCAAAAGAAUUGAAGUUGAAAAAGCCAUCAUUGAUAAAUGUUCAAAAGAUAAAGAUAUAGACCUUUUCAAAUUACUUCAAGGUUUCGUCUUAAGAGUCAGUCUUUAUAUUACCUAUGGAUAUCUUGUGAAAGUGGAACAUACUGAUAAAUGUAAAUUAUUUGAUGAAAUUACACACGUUGAAAACAUCAUUGUUAGAUUAAGAGGUCACAGUUCCAACUUGCAAGAUUAUUUACCUAUUUUAAGAUUCAAUCCGUUUGGUGAAAAAAGUCAACAGGCUAAUGAUUUUAGAGAUCGAAGAGAUACAUAUAUGUCUAAAUUUAUAAAUGAUUUGAAGCUGAAAAUGGAAAAAGAUGAAGAUUAUAAAGAUUCAAUAGUCAGUAAGUCAUUGAGAGGGCAUCCAGAUUUCCCCACUGUUACAGAAGCUGAAUUGAAAUCUGUCUGCUUAACAAUGGUUAGCGCUGGUCUAGAUAACACUCCAUUAGUUUUGAAUCAUAUUGUUGGUCAUUUAUCACAACCUGAAUAUGGUGAAAGACUUCAAACCAUUGCAAUCAACGAAAUCUUGGGUCAUUAUGGUGAUUUAAGUACUGCUUAUUAUAGAUGUUCAGAGGAGAUUGAGAUUGAUUAUAUCAAAGCGUUGUUGAAAGAAGGUUUAAGAUAUUUUUCGGUUUUACCUACAAGUUUACCUCGUUCAACUACACAAGAUAUCAUUUAUAAAAAUGCAGUCAUACCGAAAGGAACCAUACUUUUCAUGAAUACAUUUGCUGCAAAUCACGAUUCGAAACAUUUCGAAAAUCCAUUUUUGUUUGAGCCAUCCAGAUAUUUGACUGAAGAUUACAAAAUGAAAGUCAAUGAUGAAGGAACAAAUUCUUUUACAUUUGGUGCUGGGGCAAGAAUGUGCGCAGGUUCAUACCUUGCGAAUAAAGAGAUGUAUAUAGCACUCACAAGAUUAAUCAUUUUGUACCAUAUCAAACCACCAAAGGACUUAAAAAACAAUUUGAUGGAGUUAGAUCCUUUCAAAUUAAAUUCAGUUCCAGAUUCAGUUGCAAUUGAACCAUCAGUUUAUAAAGUUCGUCUUGAGAAGAGAGAUCCACAGUUGUUUGAUAUUUUAAUUGGACAAAACAAUCCCCAAGCGUCCCAUCAGGAAGUGUGA